AUGCACACAUCCUACGUACCCCCAUCGGAUGAGAAAGGGAAGGCUGUCCGUGAGGAGAGACGGCCGGACGAUGGACUGCUCUGCUGUUGUGCAUCUGAAUCGGUCACACUCACAGUGAGGCCUUUGCCACUGUUUAUAGUGCGCUGUACACACAGUGUAGUUAUGGCGCAAACGUAUGUGGAGCAGAGGCGAGUUAGUCAAAAUGAUACAACUAUGAAGAUACAAACGUAUGUGGAUCAGAGGCAAGAUAGUCAGAAUG